GCUGCCCACUGUCCCCUCCACGGGGCUGCGAAGCAACCGCCUCCCUCCGCAUCGCCUCGCGGUGGGGGCGUCACGUUGGAGUCUGAACUUCCACAAGCCCUGCCUCCAGCCCCGCCUGCGCAGCCAGAGGAGGGCCCCAUGGGCAGAGGCUGGGAGGCGGGGCUGGAGGGCCGACUGCACCCCGCCAGCCCCAGGGAAGAGGGGUUCUGGGCAGCCAGAGCAGAGGCCGGUGGAUGAAGGCACAGCAGGGCUCCCCUCGCUCGAGCAACCAGCACCUUGCCGCCCCCCUACUUCCUGGCCUGACCCGGGGCUGCCCGCAGGCCAGGUGCUGGGCCGCCAUCCUGUGCAGAGCGGGGUGGCCGUGCCCCCCCCCCCCCCCCCCAACAGCUCUGGGAACAUCAGGAGUCCCAAAGCAGGUGGAGGCUGGUCUUGCGGCGCAAGACCUGGCCCCCAAGGCUGGGCCCCCCUCCGCUCUUCCCGGGAGGGCAGUGCUAGGAAAGCAAACACGAGGUGGCCGGGAGCCCGGCUGCUGUUCCUAGAAGAGGCUGGGGGAGGAGGAGUGGCCAGACACCAGCUGACCCUGAGGUCGCAGAAGCCCCGGGGAGUCCUAAUGAGGACCCCACCCAGGCUGUUAGGAAACGGGCAGGGGGAGGGAAGGUGUGACCAGCAUGCCAGACCCAGCUCCUACUUAACUCCCACGUGGCCAUCUGCUGAGCCGGGAGGUCCCCCACAGCGGCCCGAGGGGCCCCCACCUGGGCUCCGGGGGCCGGCCAAGCAGCGGGGCCUCCUCUCCCGGCUUCCCCAAAGCUGUCCCAACCACAGGCUGCUGCAGGGGAGAUCCCUGCCCCCACAUGCCUGCUGCCCCAGCUCUGCUCAGCCCUGCAGGGCGAAGGUGGGGGGACACGCCCAUCCCCCAGAGCUGCACCACCGCCCACCUUGAUCCCCAAAGGUGGCUGGGGGGUGAACGCGGCACCCCCCGACUCUCCCCUGUGCUAUGUGCACUCUGGGCACUCGGGGCCGAUGCUGGCAGCCGGGCAUGAGGGGGUUAAUGGAACCCAGGUCAGCAGGGCUGGGCUGGCCUGCGGCAGGGUGCUGGCUGCCCCAGCAGUGGGGAAGUCAGAGGGCAGGAGCAGCCGGCCCCAGCAGACGCACCCCUGCUCACUGCCCGCCUGUGGUCUGCUCUGCACACGGGAUGGCCCUGAAGAGAGGAGGCCCGGCCCUGGCCGUGCUCCUGGUCUCCUGGGCAGCGCUGGGCCCCUGCGGCCUGGAGGGAGCGGAGCCCGGGGCUCUGGGGAAGGCUGAGAGCCCGCAAUGCCCAGCCGUCUGCACCUGCGGCCACGAGGACUAUUCGGACGAGCUCAGCGUCUUCUGCAGCUCCAGGAACCUCACGCGGCUGCCCGACGGCAUCCCGGACGGCGCCAGGGCCCUGUGGCUGGACGGCAACAACUUCUCCUCCAUCCCCGCGGCGGCCUUCCAGAACCUCUCCGGUCUGGGCUUCCUCAACCUACAGGGCAGUGGGCUGGCCAGCCUGGAGCCGCGGGCACUGCUCGGCCUGCACAACCUCCACCACCUGCACCUGGAGCGGAACCAGCUGCGGGGGCUGGCGGCCCACACGUUCCUGCACACCCCGGGCCUCGCCUCGCUCGGCCUCAGCAACAACCUGCUGGGCAGGGUGGACGAGGGCCUCUUCCGGGGGCUGUCCGGCCUCUGGGACCUCAACCUCGGCUGGAACAGCCUGGCCGUGCUCCCGGACGCCGCCUUCCAGGGCCUGGCCGGCCUCCGCGAGCUGGUGCUGGCGGGCAACAAGCUGGCCUACCUGCAGCCCGCGCUCUUCUGUGGCCUCGGCGAGCUGCGGGAGUUGGACCUGAGUAGGAACGCCCUGCGCAGCGUCAAGGCCAACGUCUUCGUCAAACUGCCCAAGCUCCAGAAGCUCUACCUGGACCACAACCUCAUCGCCGCCGUGGCCCCCGGCGCCUUCCUGGGCCUGAGGGCGCUGCGCUGGCUGGACCUGUCGCACAACCGGCUGGGCGGCCUCCUGGAGGACACCUUCCCCGGCCUGCUGGGCCUGCACGUCCUGCGCCUCUCGCACAACGCCAUCGCGGGCUUGCGGCCCCGCACCUUCAAGGACCUGCACUUCCUGGAGGAGCUGCGGCUGGACCACAACCGCAUCCGGCAGCUGCCCGGCCAGGCCUUCGAGGGCCUGGGCCAGCUGGAGGUGCUCACGCUCAAUGACAACCAGAUCCAGGAGAUCGAGGCGGGCGCCUUCCUCGGCCUCCUGAGCGUGGCGGUCAUGAACCUGUCCGGGAACUGCCUGCGGGCGCUCCCGGAGCAGGCGUUCCAGGGCCUGGGCCGGCUGCACAGCCUGCACCUGGAGCGCAGCUGCCUGGGCCGCAUCCGCCCGCACGCCUUCGCCGGCCUCUCGGGGCUGCGCCGGCUCUUCCUCCGGGACAACGGCAUCGUGGCCGUGGAGGACCAGGGCCUGCAGGGGCUCGCGGAGCUCCUGGAGCUGGACCUCACCGCCAACCGGCUCGCACACCUGCCCGGCCAGCUCUUCCAGGGGCUCGGCAAGCUGGAGUACCUGCUCCUCGCCGGCAACCAGCUGGCGGCGCUGUCCGCGGACGCCCUGAGGCCCCUGCGGCGCGUCUUCUGGCUGGACGUGUCGCACAACCGCCUGGAGGCCCUGCCCGAGGACGUGCUGGCGCCGCUGGGGCAGCUGCGCUACCUGAACCUCAGGAACAACUCCCUGCGGACCUUCGUGCCGCGGGCCCCCGGCCUGGAGCGCCUGUGGCUUGAGGGCAACCCCUGGGACUGCGGCUGCCCCCUCCGGGCCCUCAGGGCCCUGGCCCUGCAGCAGCCCGACGUGGUCCCCCGCUUCGUGCGGGCAGCGCCGGACGGCGACGACGGCCAGCCGCCCGCGUACGCCUACAACAACAUCACCUGCACCGGCCCCGCAGCCGUCGCCGGCCUCGACCUGCGGGACGUGGCCGAGGCCCACUUUGCUCACUGCUGACCGCGGGCUCGCCGGCCCAGAGCCCGGCGGGGACACGAUGUCCGCCUCGGGCCUAGGCGUCACCUGCUCGCUUGCCGGGGUCCUGUCCCUGGGAGGACCCGGGGCAGCCGGGGGGUUCUGCUGGUGGGGGCACCGCCAUCACAUAGCACCCCCCCGCAGUCGGUAAUUAAAAGCAAUCUAACACA